UGUCUAUGGCGCAUGCGCUUAACAGAAAUUGGCCCAUGGCGGCCAUCUUCGAGAAAAGUGCACGCUCUCUAAAUUACGUCAGAUUCGGUGAGCACGCUUGACAACAUGUCUGGAUUUGAGGAAGUGGGUAUCGCCGGGAGUAUACACCUUCGGGAGGCCCUCACCAAUUGUACAGAUCCCCUCCAGGCCAUUGAGGACUUCCAGUCGGAAAAUGGCAUCCUCCUCCCAACCCUCCAACCUGCCCUUCCUCUCUUGGAUCUCCACAUGAUUCGACGUUUUGAGUUUCACCACUCUAUCAUGGAAGAAUUACGCGAGAAACUCAUGUCCCGGACGCAGGAGCUUGCAAACAGUGACACCAAGGGACGCUUCAAGACUAUAGAGGAUCUCCUCUCAAAGUGCUUUCCAUUGAUAAGGGUCAAGAGCAUCCAACCCGUGGUGAUGUCUGUUAUGAAAUGUCUUCCAAAGAUUCCAGAGAAGUACCUGACAGUUCUUGUGGAAGACAGGAGUCUCUAUGAUGUGGCCUCCAUCGAGGUGAAGCAACAGAUCUGGCAGCGGAACCCGUCUCUUUUCGGCGACGAGGUCUCACCACUCCUCACAGACUACAUCAAGAAUAAAGAGUCGGUGCUGUUUGGUAGCGAGGCAGUGAACUCUCAGAUGUUCUUUCUUGUGUCACCAAAGAUGAGACGGCAGGGCCAUGUGGUCCAAAAACUCACAAAAAUGGUCGGGAAGAGUGUGAAGCUCUUUGACAUGGUGCUGCAAUUCUUGCGGACACUCUUCCUCAGCACCAGGAACAUGCAUUACUGUACACUAAGAGCAGAACUACUGAUGUCUCUACAUGAUUUGGAGAUCCAUGAAAUUUGUACUGAGGAUCCGUGCCACAAGUUUACCUGGACCUUAGAUGCAUGUGUUAGGGAUAGACAGGUGGAUGAUAAGAAGGCCAAGGAGUUACAAGGAUUCCUGGAUGGUGUGCGAAGGGGACAGGAACAAGUCCUUGGUGACCUAUCUAUGAUCCUGUGCGAUCCCUUUGCUGUACACACUCUAGCAACCAGUGUUAUUCGUCACAUGACCAGCCUCAUCAGUCAAGACAAACUUCCAAGGGACAGUCCAGAUCUGACAUCUCUUCUCCGCAUGCUCUCGCUUGGUCUUGGUGCUUGGGAUAUGUUGGACAGCCAACGAUUUAGAGAACCCAAGUUGGAAAACGAUCUCGUCCUGAAGUUCUUGCCAGCACUCAUGUCGCUCCUCGUCGAUGACCAGAUGAGAAUUGUCAACCGCCGUCUCAAUGACACCGGCGACGACACGGACCUGAAGACACUUCCACCAUUCCUCCUCAAGUACAUACGAAGGAACAAGAUCGGUGCAACGCUCAUCCUGUACUAUGCCUUGCAUGUGACCAGUAAACGGAACAAAGAUGCCCUCGCCAGGGUCCUCCCGAACAUUGUCAAGAUGGAAGGGGAUUUAUCAUUCAAUGACAUCUUCCUACACCCUUUUGUUGCCCAGUUGUCUGUACUCCUGGAUGAGUUCUCGUCCGAUUCCUUCUGUGAGAUAGUCUUUGAUGGAUUUUUGCUUCAUGGAGCAUCCAGGGAGAAUGUAGCAAGGCAUUCUUUACGAUUGAUGGAGUUUGUGUUUCAUAAGCUGCCGGCAGCUAAGCUCUCUAAGCUACAGAAUUCCCUUGAACCUAAACCAGAGCACAGCCAAGCAGUACGUGAUCUGUAUGGCACAGUGAUGGAGAAGAUUAGCUCCCAUAAACCCAGUCCAGUCAAAGUCCCCGAGCCUGUUGACUCACCUUUGAGAAGUGUUCCGACCCCUGCACCGUUAUGAACAUAGCUUUGUUGACUGAUAACCACUGUGCUUGAACUGUAAUUGAAACUGUGCGCAACUCCAGGCUAGAUCAGCUCUUCACACGUGCAGUCCAGAAUAUGUCCCAAACUCCCAGAGCCCAUUGACUCACCACUGAAGAGUGGUCCGACCCCUGCGACCUUGUCUUCACAGCUCUGGUGGCCGACAACCAAUGUGUUUGGAUGAACCAGAGCUGAACAUGUGCACCAUCUCCAGGCCAGGAGAUCUCAUGCAGGCUUUUUGCUCAGAACUGCCUGAAUUAUGUUUGACCAUGUUGUGCAGGAGAAAUUCCAAAGUACAAUAUCUGCAAUUAUGUCCUGGGGGUGUUUUUCACAAAGAUUUGAGUGUGAGAGUUGCACUUAAACUGCUAGUUGUGUGCAGUAUAGAAGGCAUCACUGUAUUGAUAAAAUCAUGCAAAGAGGACAUGCACUACUGCAUCUUUAUCAAUAAGAUUUCACAUUACAUAUCAUGUGUGAAUAAUUGACUUGGCAUUUAGUUUUAAGCAUGACUCUGAGGUCACACUUAAUUUUUUGUGAAGCGCCCCCAGGUGACCUAAGAGAGAUAUUGUAGUCAAGCUCAUCGGUGCCAGUUUAGGAAUGAGAGUAUAUGAAUGUGAUGCUAUUGUCUUUUUCUGAAUCGUAUACCCCAAAGAGUCAAAAGCAGAUGGGUUUUGGUUAAGCAGCAAAAGACUUUACACAAAGCCCUAUAUGUGGGACUAAUCAUAGCUCGAGGGAGAGGUGAUAAGUAGUGAACCCAACUUUCUUCAUUUACAGUUUCCAUGUCGUGACCUUUCCAUAUUUGCUUAUCAUAAAUCCUAUUGCAAAAUUUGGCCCAGUUUCUAGACUGUGUUUUCUGCUUUGUGAUUGUAAGAGUGAAAAGCUGUGUACACUGCACUACAUUUGCAAAGGAAGAAUGAAGCAAAUGAUAUCCUGACCUGUUGAUGGUGUCAAAAUGUAUUAAUUUUUGUUUACAUGUUUGGGACAAGGUUAUGCAAUGGACAGUAUUAUGCAGCCUUAUACUGAAAGUCAAAUGUACAUUCUAAGGCAAAUACAUGUAUAAUAUUAUCAGUGUAUCUUAUCAUCUGCUUCCUUCAGUCAUGGAAAGGGCUGAAAGAUGGGGGGGGCUCGCCAUCCCCAGGGACUUUGGUCCCCAUCCUGUUUAAUACAAAUUUCAGUGCAUUUGUAAUUUUAUGUAUUGUGAUACAUUGAUAUCUUGGAGAGUAAUUAAUUUGUAUUACUGAUUUACCAUGGUGGUUUAACACUUGCUGGCAAGUGUAAUUGUAAUUCAAUAAGAUUUAAUUUGAGAUUAGAAGUUAGUCUUUAGACUAACUUAUUUCUGUCCUCUGUCACAUGGGUGGAAAGGUCUUGUAUGUAAAGCGUGGGGACGCUUUUUUGUGUAUGUUCAAAUGAAUAAAUAAUUCAUCAAGUGAGAUUCUAUCCAAAUUGAAUCUGUGUUUUGAAGCAAGUGCACAUGCAGCCAUGAUUGGUCAUUGGCAUUAAGAGUGAUUGCAAACCUCGAUAUUGCUGAACCUUUGUACAUGUUUUACUGGCAUAUACUGGUCAAUUCUACUAUUUACCGUGUAAAUCAAUUACCAAAAAGAAUGUAAACUAAUACUUUUUUCACAUUCGAGUUUGAAAAUGCUUUAGUGAUUGUUUUAUCUGUAUGAAAGGUCGACCUCGGCAGAGUUUACUGUAAGUGACCCAGCACUUUUUUUUAAGAGCACUUGAAAAUUCAUAGAGACUGUCCUGCAUUCAAGCAAUUGGUCAGAAGUUUGGUCCAAACUCUUUCCUAUACAGGUAAAACAUGUAUUCUCUUUGUGUGGAUAUCAUAGAAAAACAACGUAGAGAAAAUCAUUAUCCAUGACGGGUAACCGGUAGGAUAAAUGCCUUGAACGCUUUAGCGCCUAUUUGGUGGCUUGGCUAGAGCGGGGUAGUAUGUUACCAAGUAUCAAGAACAUAUGCAUAUAGGAACUGUUCUAUACAAGUGGAUGUACAUGUAUAGUUAUUAUUACAUUGUAUCAUUACUUCAAUCAAAAUUAAUUUCCAAAAUCCAUAUGAUGAAAAAGGUACUCUGGUAAUUGUUUUUCUCAAUAUAAGAUUUCAAGUUGACUAUUUCAACACAGAAUCCAAGAGAUUCUACACAUUCUCUUUUCAACUUGGGCCAAUCAUGUUAAGAUUUUUGCACAAUUUUUUAAAAGAUUUUUUUUUAUGUCAACAUUUUUGUUUCUCCAUUCCAUCCUAUUGGAUGAAUACAUUGGGCCAAAAUCUAUGAUGCUGUGUCUGAAAGCUGUGACAUAGUUCUGACUUUUGCCUUGUAAUCAGAGUCAUGAGUUUGAAUCCCAAAUGGCCAAAUUUUUUUGGCCAGUUGUCAAUCCACACGUUGCCAUUAUCCUGUAGGGAAUAAAUUAGUCUGCAGGCGCAGACCAUGAUUGAAACUUUGAUCAACAAGUGGUUCAUCAUGCAAAGAAUAGCACACAGUACACAUGGCAUUGUAGGCUGCUUAUUCAGACCCCUUAAUUUGAGCGAAGGGUUUGCACAGCAGACUACAUUGUGUGCAGGAAUGACUUAUUGAAUCCGACGGCCAGUCUAAUAAUAAAUCUGUUACACACUUGGCGCUCUAACCGCUUAGAAUCAUAGGGCCCGUAUUCUGAAGUCGGGUUUAAUUCAAACUCUGGUUUAAAGUUGUGGUUUAAGUAUGGAAAGCCAAUUGUGAAAUAAAUCAGUAGAGAUAGGAUAUUUCAGUUCAUUUGACUCUCAAAUCAUUCUCAAUUGUCUAGGAAUUUUGUAUAGAUAAUUGCCUUCAAAAUCAAAGAAACAGGAAAGCGCACAGUAAAUAUAAGAAACAUUCAACUUAAUAAAGAUUUUGACACUUUUGGCUUCCCAUAAUUUUAGCACAGAGUUAGACCAUGGUCUAAGUUAUACCAGUGUUCAGAAUACGGGCCAUAAAGUUUAUGUCUUAUGAAUAAUUGGAUUAUUGUUAUUGUACCCAUCAUAUUCUUCAUGCUGAUUUUGGUCUCAGGUACAAUUGAAUAUUGUUCUGAUUUGAAUAAUGAGCUGCUGGAUGGAUUAUAAUCUUGACCCUGAGACAAGGAAAUAUCAGUUGAUUGUAAUUGACAAUCCACUACAAAAUAAUAUUGAUUGUAUUUCUUUGUGUUGCAGGUGCCUCAGGCUUAUCGCUUGUGUAUUCGUUUUAUCAUGUGUCUAACAUCAUCUGCAAGUUGUAUAUGUAAACAUCCCAAAUUUGUUGUUAUUUACUGCUAAAAACCACCUUGAUAAAGUGAGGAAAGUGUCUAAAACAUGUA